AUGAAGUACACCUUCCUCGUUCUGCCCGUCCUCCUGGCAUGGGCCUCUGCUGCGCCCCAAGACCCCCAGGUGCCCAUCUCAACCUCCAUCACGACCCUCACCGUGACUGGCCAACCGAUCCCCGCUCCUACCGAGCCAAUCCCGAACAACCCGAAUCCCGUCCCGGCGCCGGUCCCCUCCGGCCCGUCCCAGCCCGCCCCGCCUUCCGGCGGCCCCCACUGCGUCUGCGGCGCGACCUACUGCGGCAAGGUCCUCGUUGGCUUUCAAGACUAUACCACCGAACAGAUCGGCCAGGUCUACUGCUCCACCCCCGGCACGAACUGCGCCGCCGCUGCUCCGGCACCUGAGUUCCUCGAGAACAACCUCUUUGUCUGCAUCUGUCCACCGGACCAGAAAGAGGGCUCCAUCAUCGAGCUCCUCUGCACAUGUCAAGGCCGCUGCAAGAACGACGAGCCGGACUUCAUCGGCCGCUGCGAGACGCCAUGCAAUCUUGGGUGCGCUCCCGCGGCCCCGGGCUCGUCGUCGAUCCCGGUCCCACUGCCUGUGCCUGUGCCGGUUGAGCCUGCUCCCAUCCCGAACGAGCCCGUCCCGGCCCCGGCCUCCCCUGUCCGCAGACGAUCGUAA